AUGGAUGUAAGAGAUAAAACGUCUAACCUUAACAAGCUGUUAGUGAGCGUUAUGGCCACAAAUGACGGCGUUGAAAAGAAAAUGAAAUUCCAAGAAGGAAAGUGGACAGUGUCUUGGGACACUCCAUUACCUGCUAAGUGCAGAAAGUGCGAUGAGUGGCCAAUGUAUAGAAAGCUCGAUGGGGUGCUUUUUGAUAUUUGUAUUGAUUUCAACCCUUUACGUCAUUUACAAACAUCAACGAAAACAAGAUCAACGCAGCAUCUUUUGAAUCUUUUAAAAAACCCGGAAGGCGCUGAUGUCACUUUCAAUUUCGGAAAUCAAACUCCUCAUCAAACUUUGAAGGGACAUUCACUAGUUCUCGCUGCCGGUAGCCCCGUACUGGCAGCUAUGUUCCAGCAUAAUUUUAAAGAGAUGAAUGCGGGAAAAGUCGUGGAAAUUGCGGAUAUCAAUUCGGAAGUAUUUGCGGUUGUUCUCCAAUUCUUAUACACUGGAGAGGUUGACUUGAAGAAUGCGGAUGCAGCUGAAGUGAUGGUGGCAGCGGACAAGUACGCCAUCGAUCCGUUGAAGGAAGAAUGCGCUUCCUGUAUGUCGGAGAAUUUAACGCUGGAAAAUGUUACUUCCCAUCUGGUGUUGGCCCAUCUCCACAAUGUACCGACGCUCCAAGAAGCCACCUCGGAUUUAAUUGCACGAAACGCGAAAUCUAUUUGUUCAACAGAAGAUUGGAUGGGAGUAAUCAAGGAUUAUCCUGAACUGGCCUUUGCUGUCGUUCAGCGCAUAGCAAAUUUCUAA